CCGGACUCUAACACUUCUGAAGCUGACACGGUUUAGCAUGUUUAAACUGUAGUUAUGGAUCUGAGCUGAAGUUUCUCGCUCUGUGCGGAUUUACAGUAGAACUGCGACCUUUGGCAUCGUGGGAUCCUGCUGGAGCUCGGUUCUGAGAUGAGCAGUAAAGCGUUACCGGCGCCGGUCCCGCUGCACCCCGCGCUGCAGCUCAACUUCUCGCUCCUGCAGACGCUCAACGCGCUCCCCGCCGCCGCGGACCCUCGGUACGGCCUGAGCUCGCUCCAAACCCUGCAGAUGAACCACUGGAGCCUGGGCUACCCGCCCGUUCAGGGCCUCGUGGACCCGCGCUUCGCCUUCUCCGCCGCUCUGCCGUUCGCCGCGCACCUCUUCCACCCCAAACAACGCGUCGCUGCCGCGCUGCACAAGGACAGACCCAGGUUUGACUUCGCGAACCUCGCGGCGGCGGCCACGCAGGAGGAUCCGCCCAAACCGGGCGAGCUGGCCAAACUCUCCCCGGAGCGCAAGCCCGCGCGCGGCAGACUCCCGUCCAAAAGCAAAAAGGAAUUUAUCUGUAAGUUUUGCGGGAGACACUUCACCAAAUCCUACAACCUGCUGAUCCACGAGCGCACACACACCGACGAGCGGCCUUACACCUGCGACAUCUGCCUCAAAGCGUUCCGGAGACAAGACCACCUGCGAGACCACAGAUAUAUUCACUCCAAGGAGAAACCGUUCAAAUGUCAGGAGUGCGGGAAGGGAUUUUGUCAGUCACGAACUUUGGCGGUUCAUAAAACGUUGCACUUGCAGGAAUCUCCUCACAAAUGCCCCACAUGCGGAAGAACCUUUAAUCAAAGAAGUAACCUGAAAACUCACCUUCUCACCCAUACAGACCUCAAGCCUUUCUCCUGCGGCCGCUGCGCGAAGCUGUUUCGGCGCAACUGCGACCUGCGACGCCACAGUCUGACUCACAGCCCACAGCAGGACUACUAACUAGUGCACUAACCAGUGCUCACACAGCAGGACUACUAACUAGUGCACUAACCAGUGCUCACACGCUAGCUCUGCUCUCAGCCUCUGCUCGACUCGCUGGCACCUCAACAGACUCUGUGUGAACUCCUGAAAAUAAAGUUUUGAUCCUUAUUUUUAUUAUCACCUGCCUCUGAACUCGACGCGUUUGGAGCUGAUGGGAGAAUCAUCGAGUGAAUCAAGCGGCUGAGCUGCUCACAUGAGCGCAGGAUUAAUACAAUAAUGUGUUUCAGUCAAAGACAAUAACAUGUGAGUGAGAAGAGACGGACACAAUUCUGCUUUAAUAAAAGAGUUUUCUUUUUCUAAA